AUGCACAAGAACCUAUCAGCAAUGGCUUACUUUGAGAUAUUCAUAUUUUUGUGUUCCCUGGUUAGUUUCAUGCCCAGUUACUGCAAAACAGAGCCAGAAAAUAGCAACAGAAGGGCGAGCUUGCCGAAGCUUCUGACGGAGCUGGAUCUAUUAAGCGUCGAUACGUCAGCGGAGAACGGAGAGUCGUUGAAAAAAAUCGUGAAAAGACUAGCGCCGGAGAAGAAUGGCGAGUACCAAAUUUACCAAGUCUUCUUCGGCAACGCGGAUCUUCUCAAGGAAUGGCUCAAAGGAGCGGGCGUGACAGGACAGCCUGGCGUCGACUUUCCAGCUCUCACGACGAUUCCCGCCACUUCGUUCAGCUGCCGCGGUCUGAAAGGUGGUUACUACGCGGAUCUGGAGACAAAUUGUCAAGUGUUCCAUAUAUGCGACAACGGCCGCAAGAUAUCGUUUCUCUGCCCCAACGGCACCAUCUUCCAGCAAUCGCAGCUGAUAUGCGAUUGGUGGUUCAAGGUGGACUGCAGCAAGUCCGCGGAGCUGUACGAGCAGAGUAGCGAACAGCUACUGGAGGAGGAACGAAAACGAGCAGAGUCGAGGAAAUCGAAAUUCGAGUACCAACAGUCGAUCGAGGCCAAUGGAGGACAGCACGACUACUUCGACGUUCAGAAUCUCAGUUACGACGGGAAGCAAAACGGUCGAAUAAAGACGUACGAGCAACCGCCGUUGGAGGAACCAGUCCAGGACCGAAUAAAAGCCUCCAGGUUCUUCGACGACGGUAACAAUUUCAGCCAAGAGACCAUUCAAAAGGAUGAUAAUCAGUUCUUCGGUAACAACGGCUUUCAAAACGGUCAGACCGCCAGUACCAAGUCCACUUUCAAUCAGUUCACCAGAAAUACCGACGAGGGGAACGUUAAUAGGCAUCCAACGACUGGUCAGGAUUACUAUAGCACCCCGAAAAAGGCGCAAAAUUAUCACGUGACCAGCAGAACCUCGAGCAAUCAAGAGAAAGGUGCAUUGAAACGAUCGAAGUUCAAGAAUCACACCAGGAAUAAUUCCGCUUCCACGGUUUCGCAGAGAGUCACUCCGUCGUACACCGAGUCCACCACAUUCAGGGCUAGCAAUACGAGUCCCAUAAAAGAGUCCCAACAGCUCGCGGAGAGCGCUGCGUUCGUUGGUAGCCGAGGACAUCGUUUCAGCGAGAACAAUGGAAAUUCACAUCAGUAUUACUAUCAAUUGUACAUCAACCGUGAUACCAGCACGAGGAGCGCCGAUUACGAAUCAACGACAGCCACGACCGAGAGGGACGAUCUAUCCACCCAGAGGACAGAUUUUUCGUUCACGGAUUCUACGUCGACCCCUUACUACGAGACGACCACACCGUAUUUCACCACCACUGUGUUGCCCCCGUGUAACGACGAGGCAACCACGGAAAGUAUUGCUAUGAGUCCCGAUGUUCCACCGACCACAGAAUCUCUGGUAUUCGCUGACAGUACCUACGAUUUCGGAGCAAAUUACAAGAACACGGAAUCGCGAAAUGCUUACCCUGAUUCGAAUUAUUACCAUAAUGUUAAUAAUAAGGACACGAUGGGAGUGUCGGGUGCGACGAACGGGGUGACAGAUGUCACUCCAACGAUUCGGUCCUAUACGGCCACGGAUAGCUACCGUCAGAACACUGUAACACCGAACUCUGACCGUCAGAAAUUCACCGCGAACAAUUUUUCACCUUCUCAAGCUUCUUCGAUUCGCGGUAGCGAUUUCGGACGGAACACGAACGGGCCGAUAACACGCAACACGUACGACAAUCAAUACAACAGACCAUUCGGCAAGAACCCAUCCACAGCGUCGCCAGGGUAUCGACUAAACUUCAUCAGCUCGACCACCGACAAACCGUUCAGAACGACUCCAGGUUAUCAACAGAAUACCGUGACUGAGAAAGAUCUGAGCCCGUACGAUAGAAGCUUCACGUACAAACAAGGAAAAGUGAUGUCCACGUUGGGUCCGUACGUACCGUUCACGAGGAACUAUGCUACCACUGGCACAUCCACGCCGAAACCAAUCCCCUACACACCCACAGUGCCCACCUACGCGUCAGCGAAGACCUUGAUACCGAAACUGAAGUAUCCCUCCCCUACCACAUUGAGCAAACUGAAACCAAGCCGUUUCUCAGAAAGGGAACACGCGCUGAGUAUGCUACACUCUCUGAAGAGCCUCGAGAACAAUGUUCCGAGUCUGACCGAAUCGUUAAAACCAGACGACAAAGCCGUGAAUAUGUCUGGGCCCCCAGCGCCAUCUACUCUUCACUCACUGGCCCUCUACUUCUCCACAGCCACCGAGAAUUUCGACUCGAACGAGACUACUGAGACCUCGAUCAGCGCCGAGUCCGAGGAAGACCUGGGGAAGAUCGUUUCGAAGAAGAGCAACGGAACCGUUCAGGUACCCGACAGUCUCCUAACGCAACACACUAUCGAUUCCUAUGCUGAACUGUUCAAACUGAACGAUUCGGUUGAGAACAAUAACGUGACCACCGAGGAUCGUUUGGACAACGUUAGCUACAACGAGGAUUACAAUGAAGAUCUCGAGCUGCAGCAGAGUGGAGGAUCCCUGGACAAUCUGAGAAGGUCGAACAGCAGCCAACUUCGUGAACUCGCCCAGGUCUUCACGCACGCGUUAUCGGCGUAUCUUCUAGACCCAGACACUUUCAGGAGAGUACUCACCGAGAUCAGACCCACUGAACCACCUAGAACAACGUUAGAUGCUGAUCAAUGGAGGACUACUACUGAGUAUUCGAGCGUCGAGCAAGAUUACACAUCAUCGAUCCGAGAGAAAGACGAAGUACUCGAUUUCUCGGACGAGGGUAACGACGUCAGGCAAAAAUUAACUACUACCUAUCCGACUACAUUCGAACCACCUACCACGAGCCAGGAGACUGUUUACGACACCCUUAGCACCCUGCCGAGUACCUACUACACAACACCUGGAUCGUUCAGUCAGGAGACUUACGAGCCCAGCACCAAUUUCGUGGCGAAUCCAGUGACCAACACCUAUUACGGGACUUCUGUACCGUCAACGGAGACUAGUUUCCCCGUUGAACAGGGUAGUACACCGUACAUGAGCGACACCAGUGUUUAUUAUAAUCAGAAUAACGAAAUAAACAGGGACAAUGGUGGGCCACAGGUGACGGAUAACUAUGCACCGACAAAUGUACCUGGUAACCAGAAUCGAGUCGGUGGUUUCCAGAAUAACAGCGUUACAAUCGACACUGAAUCUUAUAGGGAGGAGAAAUCGGUCGUCACAACGCCGAUAAGCGAUAAUUUCGUGGUUUCACCGACGCCCUCAACGCCAUCUGUCUUGACGCACAUGGUCACCCAUUAUGGGAAUAGAAGACCCACUAGCAAGAAGCCGGAACAACAACUAACCCCUCCGUUUUACGAAACUUAUGCAGAUACGAUCCGUGAAGAGUACGAAAAAGUUGCUCUGAACCCGGAAAGCUACCCCAGCACGCCGAUAUCCGUUCAGAACGUUCGAGCGACGACAUCCAGUUUCCCAACUAGCUACGAAACAUCCACGGAAAAUUCCCAAAGGAGCCACUUUCAAAAAUCGUUGACGGAAUCGAAGUCUGGUGGUCCUUUUCCAACGUCGCGAACCAGCUACAUGAAGUUCAGGAAUAUUUACAACAACAUCGAGACGACGGAGAGACCAACGACACCUAGAUCGACGACAGAGCUGACAACCCCUACGACUAUCCAAGCGACUACACCCUGUACUCACACCGAGUCCACUGUCACAUUCGAUUCCGUGGAUCAAAAAGAGGAGACCAAACCAUUGAGCAACGACCACUGGACCUCAUCCCCAGCCGUGACGCAUCUCUGGGAGACCUCCGUCUUCGUGGACCCUCAGCGUAUCAACCACGGCCUGGAGUCGGACACAACGGUGUCCACGGACAGCGUCACAGGAAGCCACGAGAGUUUAGAGUACGAAAACACACCACCCAUAAAGGACGAUUCAUCGGACAGUACAGAAGAGACGUUCAGCAACGAGUCAGAGCUAGCAUCCCCGCCCCAAAGACUAUCAAGGAACAAGGACACUCCUACAACAUUCUCCCUGCUCCCAACAUCGUUCACGGUCGAGAACACCGUGACACCAAAACCUCUGAUCACUACCAAAUCCAGUAUCACCACCACGAUAACCUCCUCCAUCACGUCCACCAAUUCUCUGCCUCAAGAGACCCUGGUGUCCUCGUUGCUGCCGUACACAACGACUAGCACUAAUGGUGUGAACAACACUGAGAACGAGAUCGCGGAGAACCUGUUCGGUAAGCUAAAUGCCUCGAGCACGAGUACUCUGAUGAGGGUGAUGAAACAGGCGGACAAGAACGAGACCGUACGGCAAUUGGUUCUGUUGCUGGUACGUCACUGUAAUGAUCCUGUGAAUAAAACGAUGCAGAGGGAGAAGGAGGAGCUGUUGAACGCUCUGCUCAGGUUGCCUGUGAACGAGUUCGCCUCUGAGGAGUCCAGGAACGUUGUUGCUGGGAUCAAUCAGUUGAGCGUGUCUUCUAAAGCUACCACGAGACCUGCGAGUCGUUCCACCAGCCCAAUGGUCACUGAACCACCUGUCACUACGUACAGGAGCAGAAAAAGUAGACGAUUUCGAACGACCACCGAGAACUCGGCGAACCUUGUCAGACGAUCGGAGAAGGCGGUAACGUCUGAAGCUGUCAAUUCGCUGCAGGAUGAUCAGAGUACCGCGUCUGACAACAGGGCGCUGGAACUACUCAGAUCGUUGUACACGAUAGCCACGAAAUGGGGGUGA